AUGGGAAAGAAAAAAACCCAGAAAACCAAGCAGAUUUCAGUCGCCAUAGCUGAAAUCUCCACCUCCAAAUUACCCGAUGACGGCGGCGGCCACGGCGGCGGUCAAUCUGUACAGCCCAGAAAGAGAGGCCGGCCUCGUAAAGUUCUCGAUGAGCCACCGGAUGACAAGAAACUACUACCGCCGCCGCCGGCGGAUGUUGCGGAUAAACCGCUGCAGAAGAAGGGUAAAUCCACCGGAGAUGAGCCGCCGAUUUCCAUGGAAGGAGCUUCGAAGCAACAUGAAUCGGAAGAACCCAAAUCAGGAGAUGGAUCGAGAAGCAGAGGAAGGAGGAAGAACAAACCCAGAAAAAGUAGCUAACGGAGCAAUCGAUUUGAUGGGUUUUCAGUAUUGGUUUUGGAUUUUGUUAAUUUGUUGAUCUUUGUUCUUGAAAAAUUACCCAAAAAUCACCGUUGAUACCAUUUGUGAUUGAUGUAUCUAUCCGUUGUAGAUUGAAAAAAUUUGACGCUAUGCGAUUCGGGUUCGGGAUGGUAUCAUGCUACUCACUAGCACGGACUUGUUUUUCUUUUUAGGUCAUUUAAGAGACGAACGGGAUUAGAUACCCUGAUAGUCGUUGUUGUAAAUAACUAGUGUUCACCAUUGGUCAUAGUAUUUAUUCUCGUUCUGCUCUUGGAA